GUGAAAGUACGGUGUGAAACUCCACCACCCUUUUCCUCCGUUAUUUCUGGAUCAGACGUCGUGUUACAUUCUGUUCGUUGACAAAUUAGCAUUUCGACUGUUUUGGUUUAUUUUUCUAAACUCCUAAUAGUUUUAUUGACCAGUUACAAACAGCUUUACCUUGGAGUCAGACUUGUUUUGUUCGUGAAAUGAAGACCUUUCCGACCUCGGCGGUCUGGUGUUUUGGGAUUCUGUUCAUCAGUGUUUCAUUGAUAACGACAGGGUCGUCUGAGGUUCAGGUUGUUGGACCGGCUGACCGAGUCGUUGCCUUAGCUGGUGAUGACGUCAUUCUACCAUGUUCCCUGGAACCCAGUGUCAGUGCUGAGGGCAUGAUAGUGAGGUGGACAAGAUUGAACACGAAAGCAGAAAACGUCCAUCUUUACCGUCAAGGUCGAGACUCCAAUGAGGAGCAGUCUCCAUCCUACAGGGGAAGGACAUCAAUGUUUCAUGAAGAACUGAAGAACGGCAACGUCUCCUUAAAGCUGAACAGAGUUACUCUCUCUGAUGCUGGAAGCUACAGGUGCUUCCUUCCAACACUGACCAGCCAGGUGAAGGAAACCACCGUUCAACUCUUUGUUGGUGCUGUAUCUCAGACAGUGAUCUCUAUUGAUGGAACUAAAGGCUGGGGGGUGGUCCUGAAGUGUGACUCUGGAGGCUGGUUUCCUGAACCUGAGAUGGAGUGGCUGGACAGUUCUGGAACCAUCCUCCCUGCUGAUGGACCUCCAGAGAGACACAGAGACUCAGAGGGCCGCUACACUGUGAGACGACAUGUCACCGUGGACCAGACUGACACCAACAGGUUCACCUGUAGAGUUCACCAGACGGAGAUCAACCACCUGAAGGAGACAGAGAUUCAUGUCCCAGAUGACGUGUUUCCUAAAUCACACGUAGGGUUGAUUGUUGGUCUGUCAAUAGCAGCUGCUGUUGUAGUUCUCACAGCUUCAGUUGGUGUCUACAAGUGGAGAAAACAUACAGAUAUGAUAUAAGGCUGAAGAUGAGAUGAUUGAUACCUGAGAAGACAAUCUCCUUCCCAAAAGUCUGAGAUGAUUGAAGUGAUGGAGAAGAAGUCUUUACUGAGAAGGAUGAUCUGGAUGAGCUGGAGAGGGGAGGAAGAGUUGAGUUACUAUAGAGAGACUAUAACUACAGAGCAUUUAUUGACAUUUUUAUAUUUCUGUCAGCUUCUAGUGUAGCUUCCUGUCAGCUUCUACUGUGUAGCUUCAACCUGUCAGCUUCUAUUGUAGCUUCAACCUGUCAGCUUCUAUUGUAGCUUCAACCUGUCAGCUUCUAUUGUAGCUUCAACCUGUCAGCUUCUAGUGUAGCUUCAACCUGUCAGCUACAACCUGUCAGCUUCUAUUGUAGCUUCAACCUGUCAGCUUCUAUUGUAGCUUCAACCUGUCAGCUUCUAGUGUAGCUUCAACCUGUCAGCUUCAACCUGUCAGCUUCUAUUGUAGCUUCAACCUGUCAGCUUCAACCUGUCAGCUUCUAUUGUAGCUUCAACCUGUCAGCUUCUAUUGUAGCUUCAUGUCAGUGUCUUUUUUCACUUUGUGAAGUGUUUAUUUUUGCUCUACUUGUUUAGUUUUCACCUUGAUUAUAUACAAGAGGGGUCAGAAGUUAUUGACUUCCUUGCUAAAGAUUAGCAAUAAUAAAUAAAUACUGACUAAAAUAAAAUUUAAUAAAAUAAAAACAAAUGUAUAUUAUAAUAUUUUAAACUAAGAUCAGAGAUAUGUUUUUGUAAUGUAUUUUUGUUGUAAAGGUUAGGGGUCAAAAUGAUUGACAGCCCUGAAUCUACAGGAGUGUGAUGAUGUCAUUACUAUGAAUAUAGAUACUGACCUUCUGACUACUUUAUUACUCUUUAGGGGGGUCAAUCAUUUAGAAAAUAAAUACUACUUGUUAAACUAAA